AGUGUUUUUAUGCCCUCCAGUGGUGAGAUUGGUGAAAGGCAUUGAAAUAUGUUUCCACUUUGUUUUGCUAAAGAAUACACGGUUUAAAAGUGGAUUUAUAGGGUCCAUUGGUAGCCCUGCCUGUAAAACAAAGCGAUCUAAGUUAGUGAGAACAGCUAUGGAGGUGUCACAUUUAAUUUAAUCUAUCACAUUAAACAAAUCUAUCGUUUUGUGCAUAACUUGGCUGAAAAAAGGUGUGACAUCUCUUAGUCUAAAAGUUGUCAGUUGUGUAAGUAAACCUAAGUGUAAGUCUGUGGGCUUUGGGUUAGAGAAGCAGAAACCUGUUGGUUGUGUCUACUGCUGACGUGUAGUAGCUCUAUGUACACAUGAAAAUGAGCGCUCAAAUCGCGAGAUAACUGCGCUUCGAGAUAAACUGUCGUGUGUAAGUUCCUCAUCUGAACUCAGACGUGCAGCAUGGCAGUGCAAGGUGUUUUCCACAGGAUGCGAACCUGCGUGGUCCUGGUCCUCUGCUUAUCAGAAGCUCUGCGUGCUGCCUCAGAGACAAGCAGCAAUUACUAUAAGACCCUCAAUGUCGAGCCAACGGCAACUGACAGCCAGAUAAAAAAGGCUUUCCGCAAACUGGCCAUAAAGUACCACCCUGAUAAGAACAAGAGCGUCGAUGCAGAGAAGACUUUCAGGGAGAUUACUGAAGCCUACAAGGUGCUCUCCAACAAGGAUAACAGGAGGCUUUAUGACAGUUUGGGUCAUGAGGCUUUCCUAAAAAAUGAGGGCUCUGUUGUCCCUGAGGAAGGACAUGGUACAAGCUUCCACUUCAGUUUUUCUGACCUGUUCCAGGACUUCGACAGCCUCUUUGGGGAGGAAUCACACUUCCAUUGGAGCUUUACUCAGGACUGGGAGGAUGAGGAGAAUCCAUUCAAACAUUACAGUUUUGAGGGGCAUGGCUACCACUUUAAUUUUGGGGAUGGGGAUGAAAAUGAGGAAUAAUACUACUACUAGACUAAAAAAGAGCACUUCUUGGUUUUGGUGUGUGUGUGUGUGUGUGUGUGUACGUAUGAGAUACCCUGUAUGUCAUUUCCUCUAUCCAGUAUGUUUGUUAUGUUUUAAUGUAUUGUCUCUGAUUGAUAAUAAAAUCUCCAUACUAAAUCGUUUA